AUGGAUUCUAGAAAUGGGUCAGCACCACAAAUUCCAUUGGAUGCAGAAAUGGAAUCAUUUUUUGAUUCAGCUCCUCCUCUAAAAGACAGUGCUGGGAUUACCCAGAAAUUGAAGGAAUUCAUUGAAUUCAAUUCUGCUCCACCAGGAAAGGGGAGUCCUAGGAGGGUUGUGUGUGUGACAUCUGGUGGCACCACAGUCCCAUUGGAGCAACGUUGCGUGCGUUACAUUGAUAAUUUCAGCUCAGGCCAUAGAGGAGCUACCUCUACUGAAUAUUUUAUCAAGGCUGGAUAUGCUGUUAUAUUUUUAUAUAGGAGGGGAACUUUCCAGCCAUAUUGCCGAUCUCUUCCCGAGGAUCCAUUACUUGAAUGUUUUGAGUGCUCUGAUGACUCUUCUAUUCGAGUGCGCCAACCAUAUACUGAAGCAGUGAAGAGAGCCAUUAGUGAUCAUCACGCUGCUGUAGCUGGAGGUCACCUUUUAAAACUUCCAUUUACAACCAUAUUUGAGUAUCUUCAGAUGUUACAAACCAUUGCAAUGUCAGUGAGGGCUCUUGGGUCACAUGCUGUGUUUUAUCUUGCCGCUGCUGUGUCUGACUUUUAUGUUCCAUGGAAAAGCAUGGCAGAGCACAAGAUCCAGUCAGCAUCUGGCCCUAUGGACAUGCGACUAGUGCAGGUCCCAAAAAUGCUGUCUGUGCUGAAGAAAGGAUGGGUUCCCAUGGCCUUCUGCAUAUCAUUCAAGCUUGAGACAGAUUCAAAGAUUCUUUUGGAGAAAGCUGAAAUGGCUCUUAAAAAGUACGGGAUGCAUAUGGUUGUUGCAAAUGAGCUUUCAACUCGCAAAGAGGAGGUUACAGUUGUCACUGGGAAUGAGAAGAUUCUCGUAUGUUGUGACAAAACUCAGCCUGAUUCUGAUGUGGAAAAACCCCUCAUUGAACUAAUUGUGGGCAGGCAUUCAGCUUAUGUUAAGGAUUCUGAUUGUUGA